GGGGUUGGGCUGGAAUGUUGCAUGUCAAGAUGAUGACAUCGUAUGAUUCAGAUACAAUUCCAAGACAUGACCUCGACAGUCAGCUGAUUUCAAUUCCGCGACUUUCGAAAUCUCAUUUUCUCUGGAGAGAUAAUAGAAAAAUAAAAUGAGGUUCACUCGGGUAUGCUCAUAACUUUAUUUGGCGAUACGUUUUAACAUCCUGAUAUUUCAUCUCGAAUCAAUCAGUUGAAAGCUACUAGCAGUUUUGUGGCUUUGCACUACCUGGGCGUCACACAUUGUGUAGCAAGGUAUCUUACAUAUCAACCCGAGUAAUCCACCAAAAGAAUUGCCAUAAUCAUAUCACAACCAAAAUGGACACUAUCAUCAAGACCUUCGCUCCAAUCGCGAUAAAGGAAGUCACAGCAUACCUCUCGAAGAGAGGCACUUCUCCAUCUACCGAAUUAGCGAAAGCAGCAUACGAGGGAAAUGCAAGCGUAGUUAAAAGCAUUCUUUCACAAGAUCAUCAGAUAGAUAUGGCACCAGCCCUCGUCGCGGCCAGCAGUGCAGGAAAAAUGGAGAUUCUUGAUAUUCUCAUUGAUCCUCCACGUCGUCCACGAUCAGAAAGCUCCCGUCAUAAGGAUGAAAUAAAGAAGACAGACGUGAAUGUAUGGUCACAGAAUAUUACGCCUCUGAUAGCGGCCGUACAAACACAUCAUGUGAAAACAACUGAUUUGUUGCUGGAGGCUGGAGCUGACACUUCGAUGACACUAAAAGGUGGAGAAACUGUUCUUCAUAUCGCAGCCAGGAUUGGAGAUUUGGAAAUGGUGAAGCUUUUGGUAGAAUAUGAAGCGUAUUUGGAGGCCAGAGACGGUUGGGGUAAUACACCACUGCUUUCUGCCUCUAGAUGGGGACAUCCGCACACAAUUAAAUAUUUGUUGGAAAAGGGAGCAGACAUUGAAGCUAGGGAUAUGAAGGGCUCUACAGCAUUGUUGUUGGCGUGCAGACACGAUUGUGUUGAGGCUGUGAAAGUCUUAAUUCAUAGUGAUGCAAAUGUGAGAGUCAAGGACAAAAAAGGAAGAGGUCCAUUACAUCGAGCAAUCGCAGGAGUUGACUUCAUUGAUGGAGUAGGUGCCAAAGUAAAGGAGGAUAUGGUAAGACUAUUAAUAAAUUCAGGUGCAGAUCCAAAGGCGAGAGAUAAGGAAGGGAAACGACCUGCAGACAUGGCUGGAUUCUUAAGAGGCGGAAAUGGCGUGAGGCGUUUGUUAAGCCCCGGAAGCACACCGCAUUCUACAGAAAGGACGACAGGAAACAGUAAACAUGGGAGUCGGACAGGAUCUCCAUAUGGUGAUAAAUCCCGACAUUCUCAUGAGCCUAGCCACCAUAAUUCUAGGAAAGAUCAACAUCUGUCGCCUUUAGCUGGUGAUACGAUGGCUGGCUAUGAUCGGGACUAAAGUAUGGUAUGGAUGGGCAUACCUGAUGCUGAACGAUUGAUUUCUCAGAUCUCGACGGGGAAAUGUAAGAUAAUGACUAGUGUGUAUUCUGUUUUCACAAGAGCAUUUGUGGUUGCAAUCUGAGAUUAUAGCCAUUUGAAUUUUUCAACUGACUGUUUCAGUGAUCAAUACAAGGAGGAAAAGGAAACGCAAAGGUUCUAAAAAUGAUGAUAAUACCACGGUACAAAGAAUAUUAAAAUACAGUGUAUCCAUGCGAAAGAAACUUUUCUGGGAUGAUUGAGACAAAGUGAGAAUGUACCA